CCAGCAGGUCCUCCUAGACACUGGCCGCACACCAGUGCUGGGAGUGGGUGCUUUCCAGGAGUGGCGGGAGCUCCGCUCCUCCUGGCUGGUGUGGCCCGAUUGCCCCUGACACCAGGAAGAGCUCAGGUGCCGGCCGCACCCCCCGACUCCGGGGACAGGGCAGCAUGAGCUGGGCGAGGCACGUGGGCAAGAUCCAGAAACGCCUGGAAGAUGUCAAGAGCCAGUGGGUCCAGCCGGCCAGGGCUGACUUCAGUGACAAUGAGAGUGCCCGGCUGGCCACAGAUGCCCUCUUGGAUGGGGGCCCCGAGGCCUACGGCCAGGCGCUCAGCCAGGAGGGCGAGGUGGACUUCUUGUCCUCUGCGGAGGCCCAGUACAUCCAGGCCCGGGCCAAGGAGCCCCCCUGUGCUCUUGAGACCCCAGGAGGGGCCGAGGCAGGCUCCCAGGGACUCGACUCCUGUUCCCUGCAAUCAGGCACCUACUUCCCUGUGGCCUCAGAGGGCAGUGAACCGGCCCUGCUGCACACCUGGGCCUCAGCUGAGAAGCCCUACCUGAAGGAAAAGUCCAGCGCCACCGUGUACUUCCAGACGGACAAGCACAGCAACAUCAGGGACCUCAUCCGCCGCUGCAUCAGCCGGACCAGCCAGGUCCUGGCCAUCUUGAUGGAUGUGUUCACGGAUGUGGAGAUCUUGUGUGACAUCCUAGAGGCGGCCAACAAGCGCGGGGUAUUCGUCUGUGUGCUCCUGGACCAGGGAGGUGUGAAGCUCUUCCAGGAGAUGUGUGACAAAGCCCAGAUCUCUGACAGUCACCUCAAGAACAUUUCCAUCCGGAGCGUGGAAGGAGAGGUGUACUGCGCCAAAUCAGGCAGGAAGUUCGCCGGCCAAGUCCAGGAGAAGUUCAUCAUCUCGGACUGGAGAUACGUCCUGUGUGGAUCGUACAGCUUCACCUGGCUCUGCGGACACGUGCACCGGAACAUCCUCUCCAAGUUCACGGGCCAGGCGGUGGAGCUGUUUGACGAGGAGUUCCGCCACCUCUACGCCUCCUCCAAGCCCGUGAUGGGCCUCAAGUCGCCCAGGCUGGCCGCACCCCCCCAGCCCAGAGCAACCCCCGGCCGCCUCAGCAGCAGCAGCUGCUCUGCCAGUGACCGCACAUCCUCCAACCCCUUCAGCAGCCCGUCAACGGGCAGCAACCCCCAGAACCGGAGCCGGUCCACGUCCUCGGGGCCCGGCAGCCCCCUGACCUCAAACCCACCUCUGGCCCCCAUAUUCCAGCCCCAUCAUGGCCCCUGGGGGGCCCCGAUCCCUCAGGCCCACUUCUCCCCGAGGCCCCUCGACGGCCUGUCCGCUCUCUACAGCAACCUCAACGCCUACAGGCCCACUCGGCUGCAGCUCGAGCAGCUUGGCCUGGUGCCCAGGGUGGCCCACACCUGGAGGCCAUUUCUACAGGCCUCCCCGCAUUUCUGAAGGGUUCCUUCCUCCAGCUGACCUACCCAGGGCCAAGGCUGGGCAUUCUUGGAUUUUCU